UAUAACCUUACAAUUUUGUUUUCGAAUGUGCUUAAGCGUAUAAGGGGUUCGGCGGGUUUGAUUCAAAUUCCGAACAACGCUGGUCUACAGAACGCCCUUUUAUCAUAAUGGGCAGAAAGGCGCAUUUUAAAGAGGGUGUGUUGGUGAAAAAGGGACCUGGAAAAAAGGCCAAAAAGCAGAAAGAUCCAGUCUUCCCUAAAGCCUUAGCAGAGACGGAAAACAGCGACAAAAAAUUAAGCGUAAGGCAGAAGAGAAGACUUAAAAAACGGGAACAGAAACGGCAAGAAAUACUAGACAAAGUUGGAAAGGGAAAGAAAAACAAAGAAAAAAAUCCACCGGGACAAUUUGUCAAGAAACUAACCAGUGAAUCUGAUGAAUCAGAUGAGUUCGCAAAGGAGGAGGAAGUGAAAAAAUCAAAAGGCAAGCAUAUAAAGGGCUACUCAGAUGAUAAUAAGAAUUGGUUAAAACCAAAAAAUAACAAUACAAGAAAAAAACAAUAUCAAAAUGGUGUAAGUAAUAAUAUGAAUGAGGAAGAUAAUGUCAAAGUGGGCACUUUAGAUGAUUUAUCAGAUGAUACUGAUCAGAAGGAUGAAUUUGAUUCAGACAGUGAAAAUGAUGACGAAAAUGGCAAAUCUGAUGAUGAUUUGCUUCCUAUUGAAAAACAAAACAAAAUUCUUCAUAAACAACAGAUCAAAGAGCAGAAAUUAGCUGAUGAGGAAUUGAAAUUAAAUAUAGCAAAUCAAGAACAUUUUCAGUUUCCCACCAAAGAAUCUGAAGAACAGUUGCAAACCUUGCAGGAUUGCCAGCAACGCAUAAGAGAGAUGAUAGCUGUGUUAUCAGAUUUUAAAAGGCUUAGGGACAAGGAACAUUCUCGCUCUCAGUAUAUAGACCUUUUGAGAAAGGAUUUGUGCAUGUAUUACAGCUACAAUGAAUUCCUUAUGGAGAAACUUAUGCAGCUGUUUCCCUUGUCAGAAUUAUUAGAAUUUCUUGAGGCAAGUGAAGUACAACGACCUUUGACCAUCAGGACCAACAGUUUAAAAACUAGGAGGCGGGAUUUAGCCCAAGCAUUGAUUAACAGAGGUGUUAAUUUGGAUCCUGUGGGGAAGUGGAGCAAGAUUGGCCUGGUUGUAUAUACGUCUCAAGUGCCAAUGGGAGCCACUCCAGAAUAUUUGGCUGGCCAUUACAUUAUUCAGGGUGCUUCAAGUCUGCUUCCUGUGAUGGCUUUAGCUCCUCAAGAAGGAGAAAAGGUCCUGGAUAUGGCUGCAGCGCCCGGAGGCAAAGCUUCACACAUUGCUGCUGUAAUGAAAAACACUGGAGUUUUGUUUGCAAAUGAUUCAAAUAAGGAUCGUAUCACAGCAGUGGUUGGAAAUUUUCAUCGUUUAGGAGUAGUAAACUCGGCAAUUACUUGUAUGGAUGGUAGAAAAUAUCCAGAUUUUAUGAAAGUCUUUUUUGAUAGGGUUCUUCUGGAUGCUCCUUGUACAGGAACUGGGGUUGUGGCAAAAGAUCCCAGUGUGAAAACCAGCAAGGAUGACCAGGAUGUUCAAAGGUGUUACAAUUUGCAACGUCAGUUGCUCUUGGCAGCUAUUGAUUGUAUAAAUGCGAAAUCUAACACUGGAGGAUAUAUCGUUUAUUCCACAUGUUCAAUUUUACCUGAGGAGAAUGAGUGGGUUGUGGACUUCGCCUUAAAAAAGAGAAACGUCAAGCUGGUAGAUACUGGUUUAGGUUUUGGUACUAAUGGGUUUACAAAAUACCGAAAUUUAAGGUUUCAUCCAACAAUGAGUCAUACCCGGAGGUUCUAUCCCCAUGAACAUAAUAUGGAUGGUUUUUUUGUGGCAAAACUAAAAAAGUUUUCCAAUGUUAUACCUAAAACUCAGAAUGCUGAUGGUAAUGAAGACGCGGAGGAAGGUUUUGAGUUAGAACCCCUUGAAGAUUCGUCAAAAAGGAAGGCUGAAGAUGAUGGAGAUCAUUUUGUUAAACAGCCAGCAAAUAAACGGACACAUAGAAAAGAUAAAGACAAUGUAAAAAUCAAUGCAGUUGAAACAAAAAAAGAAGGAAAAGCAAACAGAGUUUCUAAGGGAAAAUAUGAAGAAAGGAAGACCUAUAGGACAAUUAACAAAAAAAAGGAAUCAAAAGCAGAAGAGAAGGAUGAUGACAGAUUGGAGAGCACGAAACUAAGUUGGGAGGACAUUCCAAAGGAAGUGGGCUUGAAAAUUAAUAAAACUCUAAAAAAACAGAAAAAGUUACAAAAUUUCGGAAAUUUUAAAGAAAGCAAAUCUAAAAAUAAAGUAAAAAAAAUGAAAUUCAAUAAGAAGCAGCAUUAAUUCUUACUUGACAAAUUAUUCUGCAGAUUUUCUUGUUUUUUAAUUGAUUAAAGACAUUUUAAAAAGUA